UUCCGGAGCAGCUCACCCCCUCGUGUGCGCAUGCGUUUGCAUUCACCGGGGUACACAAUGGAGUCGGACAUACAUAGACGACAUAGACAUGACUGGCUUCGAUACUGAAAGCCCCAACAAUUUUGAAAUCAGUGCUCUGUAGAUUAUGAAAUAACGGCGGAGGGUAGUGGCAGUGACGCCGUCCACAGGGGACUUUCCUUGAAAUUGAAAGAGUGCCGAGUAGGUUAGCUGCCGGGGUUCACCUGCUCUGACUGUCCUCUGCAUGUUUUUACAUGUCUUUGUCUGAAAGAGCAGAGAAAUACAAACCGUCCGAAUACCACCAAGGAAAAUGUCAGAGGUCAACACAGGGAAGCGCAAGGAGAAGUGUGAGAACUGCACCAAACAGUGCAACAAGAAACAGAGUGAUGAUGGUGUCAGCUCACAACAGGAGAGAGAUGAAGUCAAUGGACAGGUGAAUGAUGGAUCCCAGCUGCUGCUGAGUGCCUGCCUGUCCUGUGAUGGCUGUCUUUCAGAGGAGGAGAGCCUGAAGAUCUCUCAGCAGAGCCUGGAGGAAGUGGAGCGAGUUCUGGCCCUCAACAAGAAAUGUGACGUGACGAAGCACAAGGUGCUGGUGGCGUCGGUGUGUCCGCAGUCCCUGCCUUUCUUUGCUGUGAAGUUUGGUCUGGACAUCACUGAGGCCACCCAUAAACUCUGCGGCUUCCUCAAGAGCCUGGGAGCGCAGUAUGUAUUCGACACCACUCUGGCAGCAGGUUUCAGCAUCUUGGAGAGUCAAAAGGAGUUUAUUCAAAGGUAUCGCAGGAGACACCACGACUCCCAUGCCUUGCCCAUGUUCACCUCCUCCUGCCCAGGGUGGAUUCGGUAUGCAGAGCGUGUCCUGGGCAGUUUGGUCACCCCUCAUAUCUGCACAGCCAGGUCUCCCCAGCAGAUCAUGGGCUGUCUGGUCAAAGACUACUUCUCUAAACAGCAGCAGAAGCUGAGUCCAGAGAAGGUCUACCAUGUGGUGGUGGCUCCCUGCUUUGAUAAGAAGCUGGAGGCCGUCAGAGAGGAGUUUUACAACAGUCUGUUGGAGAGCAGGGAUGUGGACUGUGUCCUCACCUCAGGGGAGAUCUACUACCUGAUGGAGCAGAAGAAGGUUUCAGUGGAGAAGCUGGACUCAGUUCCACUGGACCAUAUACUGGGAGAAGUUGGAGACGUGGCUCUGGUGAGGAACGAGGGCCGCGGUUCAGAAGGCUUCCUUGAACACGUGUUCAAACAUGCUGCCAAAGAGCUCUUUGGUCUGGAUGUCCAUGAGAUCACAUACAAGACCCUCAGGAACCGUGACUUCCAGGAAGUGACCCUGGAGCGUGACGGGGAAACGCUGCUGCAGUUUGCUGCCGUCUACGGUUUCAGAAACAUCCAGACCCUUGUUCACCGCAUGAGGAAGGGACGCGUGCCGUACCAGCUGGUGGAGGUGCUGUCCUGCCCAGGAGGGUGCUUGAGCGGCCGUGGACAGGCGGAGAGUGAGGCAGGAGGCCGGACGGAUAAAACCCUGGUGCAGCAGAUGGAGGAGACCUACAGCAGCCUGCCAGUCUGUCUCCCAGAGCUCAACCCCACCCUGCACACCCUUUAUCAAGACUGGCUACAGGGCCAGGACUCCCCACAGGCCGGCACACUGCUGCACACCCAAUACAGAAGUCAGAGUCAGAGCCACACACAGCCCCCGCACAUGCAGUGGUGAGAGAGAGGAAAACAGAUUUAGUUUUAAGACGUGAUGGAGGUGGAAUGAGAGCUGCCUCUGGUUGGCUCCUGAUUCUGUUUGGACCAUCUCAUCGUUCAUGCUGGCACCAUGAAGGACAUGUAGAGGACCAUGUUGCUCUACAGACCACUUAGUGAGAACUGAAAGUCUCAGUAGGUGCAGUUCUUCCAUUUGGCCACAGGGGGGUGAUGUCUGUAGUUCAAAAAUGGUGGAUCCCCUGUGCCAAACCUGAGCCUGAGGAGAAAUAAGGGUCCAGAGUCCAGGAAAAACACACACCUGCAUUUUAUGAUGCCAGUAAACUGUUGAGAUAAUGACUAACAAAAAUGACGUACAAGGUUUCCUGAUCAGCUAGCUGCUCUGACGCUCUGAUUUGAGGGAGUCUGUAACAAGCCGGAACUAUUUAUUGAUGCCAAUCUAAAGAGCAAUAAGCCACUAAGAAAACAUUUAAGAAGCUUUUAGAUGAUCUGAACUUGUGAAUACUGAAUGCACAUUGCAGGAGUCUAAUGUAUUUCAAGUCCAAACUGUCCAACAUGAAACAUGCUGUUUUUAGUUUGUGUCAAAGUUGUGUCCACUGUUCUUCACUGAAAGACAAGCCAAUGUGUUCUCACACAGCAGCGGUCUUGCUCUGAUAACUAUGCAACAGUGUGAUAGUCUUAUCUCACCAGUCAUAGUGAAAAUAAAAGCUGUUGUGUGAGAGGUCAAAGAUCUUGUAAUUAUACUUGAUCACAUGUUUGCUUAUUACCAGCUCAGUGUUUGGUUGAUCCGUCCCAGUGAAGAAUCAGAGUGAGUAUUUUUUAAUGGUACAUGUUUUCAAUUGUAUUAUUGCUUUAAGUCUUUUGUUCCCAUUCCACAAAGCCAACCAUGACUAGUAUUCUUAAGUUAUAUGUUGUUUGUGUUUUUGUUUUAAGAUCAAAGCAUACAUGUCAUACAUGUUGAGCACUAAAGUAUUAAUAACAAGUGA